AACACACACACACACGGCCUACGGUUGUCAUACCUACAGAGUGUUGCGCAAUUCUUACUGGAAUUUGGCAGCAAGGUGUAGAGUCGGUUACAAACAAUGGAUUCGAGACGUUUUUCAGCAAGUUACUGCAUCAUUUAAAUGUCGUAAAAUGGUUGUGUUCAGUGAUGCAUGUUUACGAAGGCUUGCAUGUUUUCUCUUGACAUGCUAAAACACAGAUGCUUUAAACUCCGAGAACAGGUUUGUGUUUGGUUCCAUAAUGACAGGUAUGCAUGAGCAUUUUGAUUCCUUGCUCUAUUUUUACAUAAGAUCCAGGUUUACUGAAAACCUGUAAAAGUUACAUACACAUCGAAGUCAAUAAAAAUACCCGACAACGAUAAUACAACCAGCAUGUGUUCAAUAUUGAGGUGCGUGUUAAAGAAUGCUGAUUUACAGGUAAUGUGGAUAGGCGUGAGAGGGUGUGUGCACAGGUUUGUGUACAUUACAGCCGAACCGCCACCAGAGGAAUUGAUUUAGUCAGAUGAAACGAAUGAAACGGGAGGAGCAGGAGGGGAAAAAGCACCCAAGCUCUUAAUGCGUAGGCAAGAGAGCAGGAGCAGAGUGUAGAGAGUGGGAGGGAGAGGAAGAGGGGGUGACUUGCAGGAUCUUGUCGAGUGUAAGUACUGCUUCAGCGCUGUCAUUUACAGCCACUGCCAGACUGCAGUGGAGAGUGUUUUGGCCAUGCUGUGUGCAGCACGGAGGAACAAUGUGUGUGGGCUUGCAGCGCUGAUCGUGGGUCUGCUCUCUCUGGCUCACAUCAUCACAGCUUCAGAGCGGCUCGCGUGUGAGGAGAGCUUCUACAGAAACACCCCCCCACAGCGGGUCACCGAGUCGGGCCUGGAGAGGAGAUGCCACAGCCUGGGAGCUGGGCGCACUUUUGUUUCACUCUAUCACCCUGGACGCCAGUCUGAUGUCUAUACGGCUCUGCACCUAGGCCCGCACAAUGCAUGGGGCAAAGGAACAGCCGAGGAGUUGGACAAACCAAGCGAGACAGAAGUCCUCGGAGAAGAGUCCCGUGUACACGUUCCGGCUUUGUACAAUAAGGACCGGGAUGUCGCUUCAUCACACUCGGCGUCCCCUUUGCACAAAGUGGAUGCUCUUACUGCAGAGCUGGUAGAGAGCAGGGUCGUGCCACGGUGCUCUAAUGCAGGGGGGGUCGUGUAUGUUCAGAGCGGCGUAGGUGGUCUGAGCGAGACGAAGGCAGAUGUGCUGUGGUCGGCAGUGUGCUGUGAUGUUCCUGAUGGACUCGGCAGCUUCAGUAUGGGAGUGGUCCAGGAAGGUAAAGGGGAGCUGAAGCUGAUGAGCGUGACAGAGCUGGAGGAACUGGUUGACGUUAAGGAGCUUUUCUCUGGUGGGUGUGGAGAGACAGGAAGUCUGGAAGAUGAGGCACUGGAAAUCACUGAAGUUCCUGAAGAAGACGUACACACAGCCGAGACAGACAAAAGCAGUGACGAGGACGAGGUGCCCAGCACGACAGCAGAUAGAACUGAGUCUGAGCCCAGCCUGGAUGAAAGCGUUACCGAAACAGAAAGCUCCGAGUCCCAAGAGAACAGUACUGUCCUCUAUGUCCUGUCCUCUAUCGUCUCUCUCCUGUACGCUCCACUCUCUCCAGUGGUCUCCACCCUCACCAACCUCCCCUCUCAAAUCGGCUACGUCUUACAAGAGGACGCAGCCGUGCUAGCGUCGCUGCCCAGCGACAGCUUCAGCUUGGUUCAGAACCUGGGCUCUGGUGUGGUCUCGGGUGUUGAGAAUGUAGGCAGCGUAGCAUACCAAGUGGGUGAGCAUGGUGUGUGCUCACUGUACACAUUAAUAAGUACGUUAACAGGCACUUUGUUGCUUUCAUGCCAGGAGGGACUGGCAGGUACAGGAACGCUAAUGAGUGACGCUCUGGGGCUGGUGAUCGGUGCACUGGGUGAGGUCUGGGACCUCGGCAUGGAGGUAGUAGAGUGCACGUUCCAGGGGCUUGGUGGGUACAUGGGUGCGGUGGGCUCAGAGGCGGGCAAGCAGGGCUGGUCAUUCGGCCAAGGGAUAGGCACGCUAGUCUGGAGGGGACAGAGGGGACUUGGGCAUGUGAUUAAUACGGUGGUGGGAAUUAUUGGGGGAGUGUUGGGAAACACGGUGGAAAACAUACAGGAAGCUUUCAUUGGGGAGUGAGACAGCGGGAGGUGUUUUUUUUUUGUGCAUGAGUGCAUGGAUCUGGCGCAGGCUUAUUUAUACUGUAUUACAUCAUUGUCAGUGCUUGUUUGCUGCUAAAAUGCAGUCUACACCAAAACGUGUACAUGAAUCGGAAUUAGGUUUAUUUAUGACGCACAAGUCAGCUCUUACAUCAAAAGGUGGGCGACUGACAUGAAGAUCUUUGUAUGGAUCUGAGGUCUUAGUAAUUCAUCUUUUACACUCUUUGUAAAGUUGCUGUAGGUUUGGUGUGUUCAGUUGACUGGAAAAAAAAAAAAGUGGAAAGUUAAAUGGUAAUUACUGUAAUUACAGAACGGAAGGGAUAAUGCGAACGUUUUUGAUGUAAAUUGAAAUGUGAGUGGUAUCGUAGGGACCAUGAUAUGAGCUCUUGUACAGUACAAUACAAUGCAGUUCAGUCUCUUCCCUCUUCCCCAUUAAUACUUUUCCCAGCUUUGCCUUGGUGAAAUAUUUGCACAAGUGCCACUUGUUGUUAAACAGAAUAUCAGAACGUUCUGGAUCUGAAUCAGUAACAAUGUAAACUUGGUGUUGAGUGUCAGUCAGGUGUUUGUGCCCAGUCAACAUCUCCUCAGUGAAACUGACAAACGUAUGCACCAAAUCCAACACGGAAUAAAGGAUUGUUCACAGAU